AUGUCCAAACUUACCGACUUCAAGCUUCUCUCCUUUGAUGUUUACGGCACGCUCAUUGAUUGGGAACGUGGCUGCUAUGAUGCAUUCCAGCCAAUGCUCAAGAAGUCCCAAAAAGAAGACAUAGACCCCAAGGAAAUCCUCAAAGUCUGCCAUGCGGUCCAGGUACCCGAACAAGCUCGCAAUCCUGGUCUCAAAUACUCCCAGCUGCUGACCGCCAUUCAUCCGGCAAUGUGCAAAGAGCUUGACCUACAGGAGCCAACUAGAGCAGAAAGCGAAGCUUUUGGCGCAAGUGUUCACUCUUGGCCAGCAUUCCCAGACAGCGUCUCUGCUCUGCAGCGCUUGUCAAAAGUCUACAAACUCGUCGUCCUCUCCAAUGUCGACAAUGACUCUUUCCGCGACAACCGCAAAGCCUCCACCGGUCUUCAGGACUUCGAGUUCGACGCCAUCUACACAGCUGAGGAUAUCGGCUCAUACAAGCCUAAUCUUAAAAACUUUGAGUACAUGCUCAAGAAAGUGAAAGAAGAUUUCGGCGUGGAGAAGAACGAGGUGUUGCAAACAGCCCAGAGCCAAUUUCACGACCAUCACCCGUGUAAGGAUAUGGGUAUCAAAAGUUCGUGGAUCUUCAGACCUGGCGCGAUCAUGGGCAACCGAGACGACCCUGUGUGGAACUGGAAGUUUGACACUUUGGGUGAGAUGGCGGAUGCAGUCGAGAAGGAACUUGCGGAAAACAAGAAGUAG